AUGUGUGAUAAGUCAAAAACGGUAUUGGACUACACGAUAGAAUUCUUGGAUAAAUAUAUACCUGAAUGGUUUGAGACGGGAAAUAAAUGCCCCUUGUUCAUUUUCUUCUCGGGCCCACAAGGCUCAGGCAAAAGUUUUACAAGUAUCCAAAUCUAUAACCAUUUGAUGGAAAAAUAUGGGGGUGAAAAAUCUAUCGGUUACGCCUCAAUUGAUGAUUUUUAUUUAACUCACGAGGACCAAUUGAAACUCAAUGAGCAAUUCAAGAACAAUAAGCUGUUACAAGGACGUGGUUUACCAGGUACUCAUGAUAUGAAAUUGUUGCAAGAGGUAUUGAACACCAUCUUCAAUAAUAAUGAACAUCCGGAUCAAGAUACUGUCGUACUACCCAAGUACGAUAAAUCCCAAUUUAAAGGAGAAGGGGACCGUUGCCCCACUGGUCAAAAAAUCAAGCUACCAGUCGAUAUUUUUAUCUUAGAAGGUUGGUUCCUCGGGUUCAACCCCAUUUUGCAAGGAAUUGAGAAUAAUGAUCUUCUUACUGGGGACAUGGUUGAUGUCAAUGCCAAGCUCUUCUUCUAUAGCGACUUGUUGUGGCGCAACCCAGAAAUCAAAUCUUUAGGGAUAGUAUUCACCACCGAUAACAUUAACAAUGUUUAUGGCUGGAGACUACAACAGGAGCAUGAACUAAUAUCAAAGGUCGGAAAGGGGAUGACCGACGAACAAGUGCAUGCUUUUGUGGAUAGAUACAUGCCCUCCUAUAAACUUUAUUUGAACGACUUUGUCCGGAGUGAAAGUUUAGGUUCCAUUGCUACAUUGACGUUAGGAAUCGACUCCAACAGGAAUGUAUAUUCUACGAAAACGAGAUGUAUUGAAUAG